GAUGGCAGCGGUGGCGGCUGCACGAGCAGUUUCCUUGGGCCCUGGGCUCCGGGGCCUGCCACGGAGUUUGCCGCUUGUGGUGAUUCUCGGGGCCACGGGCACCGGCAAAUCCACCCUGGCUUUGCAGCUAGGCCAGCGGCUCGGUGGUGAAAUCGUCAGCGCUGACUCCAUGCAGGUUUAUGAAGGCCUAGACAUCAUCACCAACAAGGUGUCUUCCCAGGAGCAGAGACUAUGCCAGCACCACAUGAUCAGCUUUGUGGAUCCUCUUGUGACAAAUUACACAGUAGUGGACUUCAGAAACAAGGCAACUGCUCUGAUUGAAGAUAUAUUUGCCCGAGACAAAAUUCCUAUUGUCGUGGGAGGAACCAAUUAUUACAUUGAGUCACUGCUCUGGAAAGUUCUUAUCAGUACUAAGCCCCAGGAGAUGGACACUAAGAAAGUGAUUGACCGGAAAGUGGAGCUUGAGAAGGAGGAUGGACAUGCACUCUACAAACGCCUGAGCCAGGUGGACCCAGAAAUGGCUGCCAAGCUGCACCCACAUGACAAGCGCAAAGUAGCCAGGAGCUUGCAAGUGUUUGAAGAAACGGGAAUUUCUCAUAGUGAAUUUCUUUAUCGUCAACGUGCGGAAGAGGGUGGUGGUCCCCUUGGAGGCCCUCUGAGGUUCCCUAACUCCUGCAUCCUCUGGCUUCAUGCUGACCAAACAGUUCUAGAUAAGCGCUUGGAUAAAAGAGUGGAUGACAUGCUUGCUGCUGGGCUCUUGGAUGAACUGAGAGAUUUUCACAGACGCUAUAAUCAGGAGAAAGUGGCAGAAAAUAGCCAGGACUAUCAACAUGGUAUCUUCCAAUCAAUUGGCUUCAAGGAAUUUCACGAGUACCUGAUCACUGAGGGAAAAUGCACACCAGAGACUAGUAACCAGCUCCUAAAGAAAGGUAUUGAAGCUCUGAAACAAGUGACUAAGAGAUAUGCCCGGAAGCAAAACCGAUGGGUUAAAAACCGUUUUUUGAGCAGACCUGGUCCCAGUGUCCCUCCAGUGUAUGGCUUAGAAGUAUCUGAUGUCUCAAAGUGGGAGGAGUCUGUUCUUGAACCUGCUCUUGAAAUUGUGCAGAGUUUCGUCCAGGGCCAUAAGCCUGCUGCUGUUCCAGUCAGGGUGCCACACAAUGACACUGAGAACAAGAGAAGUUAUCACAUGUGUGACCUCUGUGACCGAAUCAUCAUUGGGGACCGCGAAUGGGCAGCACAUAUAAAAUCAAAAUCCCACUUGCACCAACUGAAGAAGAGAAGAAGAUUGGAUUCAGAUGCCGUCACCACCAUAGAAAGUCAGAGUACUUCCCCAGACCGUGACAAAGAACUUGAAGAGAUGGGACCCCCAGGGGAAGAGCUGAGACCCAGUGUUUAAGAGACACGUCCGGGAUCUUUGCAAAGGUGGCAGGGAUCCAGUUCAGGAGGGAGGCUUACGUCUGUGUCCCAGGCUGGACAGAGGAGUGCCCUGUCAUUCAGUGGUGUGAUUUUAAAGUGUAAUGUUCUCUGUCGUGGAAAUAGCAGGUCUUGUCAGCUCCUGCUGUGGCCAGUGUGUCUGGCAAUGAUGCGUUCAGAAGGGUUUUUUUUCUGUUAACCGUAAAGGUUUUAUUUUUUAAAAAGGCACAGAUAGCACUUUUUUACACUUGAGGAUCUUUUUGGUGACGAGUACCGGGAUUCACUAUGUCCUUUAAAAAAAAGUUUUAUGUCACUGACUUUGGCUAAAAAUAUCUAAUUUGCAGACACUUUAAAAAUGACUGACUGAAGUACUUGUGAGCCUCACAAAUCAGUUCUGUAUUUGAGUGAAUGGCAGGAAAGGACUGGCCCCAGCGAGAUGGUUAAGUGAACCCAACCAGUGCUUGGAAUUCAUGGAGAAGGAGAGAAUCAGUCCAUGGUGGCUGCGACAUGGGGCUUGGAAAAUCAGAGCCUGGGACACUUGCUGAGGUCCUUGGGUGGGGUCGUUACUAUCACUGCUGUCUUCCUGUUGAGUUAGGAAUGUCUAUUUUUGAGGAAAGUUAAAUAAAGAAAAAGUUUGCAGGA